AUGUCGUCUAAUCCAUUGGAAAAACAUGAAAGAUUUCUUACAAAGGAGCCACAAGUCAAUCACAAAUAUGUAAUUAUUGAUUUUGAUGCACGGAUAUAUGAUAAAAUUGGUCCUGAAAUAAUUCGUAAAGCUAUUUCACAAGAUAAAUAUCAAAUUAUAAUUGAAACAUUUCUUGUACUAUCACGAUUUUGUGAAUCAAGAUGUUUCAAUGCGAAAACAAAACAAAUGUAUCGUAGGCAUCGAACUAAAAUAGAAGAAAUAAAAAGCAAUAUUUGUAAUGAACAUCUUAUUACACCAAGUUCAAGCUACCAUUCAUAUUCAUCAUUGAAUCAAAGCGAUUUAAAUUGGAAACUCAUUGAUGAACCAUCAGAUUUAACUCUUGAAGAUAUUGUUUUAACAAAAAAUACAUUGAUUACAUGUAAACCCAGAGCAUCAUUAACACAUAAUGCUUCGUCAUUUUCUACAUGGAAAAUACAUUACACUCCUGGACUUUGUGAUUUAUCGAAUUCGGAUGAAACUAAUUUCAUGAAUUCAGUUUUAUAA